ACUACAAGUGUCUCUUAUAGUCCGCAAGGUCUUUGACCCAACUGGGAUUCUUUUGAGAAAAAUAUUUCAGAGAAAACAAUUCACAAAUACAAUAAAUUUUAAUUUUAAUUGGAUCCUGAAGUUGUUAUUGUCUGUGCCAAGCAGAAUUUCUGCGAAGAUCAGCUCCUCGUGAAUCAGCAUGGGCAUAACUAUGCCGCUCGCCUUCACGAUACGUUUCGGCUCCUCUGUCUCACGUAACUUCUUUAUCCUUUCACUUGUCUUCAUUCUCCUUCCUGAUGCCCUCUACGCCUAUCCCGUCUUUGGAACGAAACGUUAUGGCCGAUCAACAGGUCUGCCACAUCGAGUUUCUACAUGGGCAGGUCCCGCUCCGCUGCCUUUGCAGGCUUACCAACAGCCACAACCCCGUACCCAAACAAACUACGGCCUUGGAAUGUCUUCAUCUCCCAGUUACUACACAGCAGAUCCUCUUAUCAACUACCCCUACACACAGGAUUACCCGGACAAUGAAUAUUACUACGCUCAAGAUCCAGGAAGUUUUGGGAGUUACCCUUUCUACCCAACUAGUGUCACGAACGGAAACAUGAAAUACUCCCUCUAUCAGUCAGUAGCACCAUAUUAUUAUGGAGACGGUCAUCAGAGGAUGGGUUACGGUUACUAUGGAUAUGAUGAACCAAAUGAUCCUGUUUACGACCUGCAAGAGGAACUCCAACAGGAGGACGAAAGAGAGGAACGGGAAGAAUCGCUACCUGUUGGGCAAGAAACCUGGUUUGAGGGAGGGAGUGGUUUACAAAGACAACCCCAAAGGGACAGCCUAGCCGAUGUGAACGCAGCUUUCCUUCAGAACCUGAUCAUGAGUCACAUGUACAACGAUGCAAACAGCGGUCAUAUCGUGAGGCAUCCUCCACAUGAAGGUGUUUUUGAAGGAGAUGACGAUGUUCAAGGUAGAUGGGCGUAUGAAACAGGAAGAAGUAGGAGUCAGGCUUCAGGAGAAUAUCAAAACAGUGAUGAAGAUUUGGAGGAUGAAGAUGUCAGAGAGCUGAAAUCUCUGGUGAAGAAGAAUCGCAGUGGGGAACUAAAGGACCACGCAGGAAACACUCCCAACAAUUGGUUCCCUGCACCAGCAAACAUACAGAAUGACCAUCCCCAAACAUGGUACGCACACAGUUCUGUAAUGGACAACACACACAGGCCUGAGUAUUAUGAGCCUAUUUGGUUCCCCACUGAAAACGGUCCAUGGUUCGAAAAUGGCUGGGGUAGUGGCAUGUCAUACAAGAGAAGCUAUGAGCCUUUGUACAAAAGCAUCCGGUCUUACAACAAAAAACAAGAAUCAAGCGAAUAUGGUCCAUGGAUUCCGAAAGGUAACAUAAAUUUCUCAGACAGGAAGGGGAAUGGGAUGAUGGGACCCGUUUCAACAUCAAAAGUUGCUAAAACUUCUCAUGAACAACAUGCAGCUGGGUCAAAAAAUGUCAAAACUUCUUCCACUGAAAGUAUUCCAAUUCGUUCCGCGAACACUACUCCUGUUCCAACCACCUCUGCAGUCACAUCAUCCCCUGUUGAAACGACAAGCAUCUCAGAUGCUGAGUUCGACUCUAGAAGAGGUCAGAAAGAAGUGGCAUUGUUGAGGCCACCGACACCAGCUCGACACCCGUUCGCAGUCCAGACUAUGGACAAGAUGCUGACCAGGAGCCGAACGACAGCUCGUCAUCCAUCGUCUGUGUACGACACAAUCAAGCAGCUCCUCAGCAUGGAGCAUGGCCUGCAGAAGGAAACAGAAGAUGGUCACCCCAGACCUCAGAAACGUUUUGUAAGCAAUGAAGAAUCUCUAGUGGAGGAACUCAGUGGGCUGAAGAAGUUGGCAGCUUAAAUUUGGACAAAUACAACCACAGAACAAAGAUGGUGAAGUUGAAGGCCAUGGUACUCAUGGAGUACAGUACUGUGCUCUGUUAGUCCAAGGUCAGUGCAAGAUCUAGCCUAGUUCAGUGUCUAUGAAACAACCGCUCUGGCCACGCGCUACUGUAACCCUUGACACAAAGCAGGGAGAGGACUACUUAGGCCUCAGAUGAACCAGAGAUGAUGGGAGAAAGACUUCAAGCCAAAGAUUUUAAACAUAAAAGAUACUUUGGUAUAUCAUAAAUUAUAAUAACCAAGAACAAUUUUAAGGUAAUUUAUGAGUUAUUACAAUGAGAAAAUUGAAUUUAAGAUUGAUGUAUAUAUUCCUAAACGAUGUGACAAAUAUAUUUAUUUAUUUAUAUUUUUAUUCAGUAUAAAAGAAACUGUUCAAAUCAUAUAAUUCAAUCUGUCAUGUAAUUAUUUUAAUUUUAAAUUAUAAUAUUUCUGUGAUAUUUCUUAAUCGUAUGAAAUAUUACAAUAAAUUUCAUUAGCACCUCAUAACAAAGCUACUUCACUAUUGCUGCAUAAUUAAUGUGACUGAAAUGUUGAUGGACUUUGCUGUAAUAUUCAAUACGGUUAGUCUAUCAAUUUAAAUAUAUUCUUCAUCAAAUAUGACAACAUCCGUUCAAAUAUGAGAUAUUUUCAAAUGAAACCAGUUUGGUGAUUUUUCUGAGCGAAUGAUUAGGGGCCAUUACAAAUAUUCCCCGUAGGUGUUGAGGUACCCACUGCUUCCGUCUGUUCUAAAGAACUCUUUUUGUUGCACCGCUGCUGUAUCAUGCAUACAGCCAUCUGAUCACCUACACCUCGAACGGGUUUCAUUUGAACCUGGUAUAUUCUGUUAUUCAGUUACAGAAAACCCUUAGAGAUAACGUAUUCUGAAUAUUUAUAUUUUUUAAUAUAGCAAUUUAUUUCUAUGUACCCAUAAUUCAUUGGCCUAAUGGUUUUUGAACUUUAAUUUAGACGCCCAGCAGUGAAAGUGUUUAAGAUAUAGAUGACGUCAUAUAAGUCGGUUGCUAUAACGGAAAUACUUGCAAUUAACGGAAUAUUCCUCUAUAGCCUUUCUAUUAUUUCGUAGCUUGUAAGAUUUUGUAAACAAUUUAGAGGUGUUCUGUGCCGAGGAACGUCUUUUAGCUCCUUGAUCUAGACUGCAAGGUUACACAGCCUUCAAUUAGAACUGUUACAUUCUAGUGUUAUGAUUUUUACGCUGUAAGUGUGGAUGCUUUUACAUGCGAAAUUAAGCAUACAAUCUGAAGGAGGGUAAAGGGACUAAAUCUGAGAUAAACCUGCAAGGGAAUACAUUAGCCAUUACGCGAUAGAUUCAGAUAGUUAAGUACAUUAUUUUCAUGGCCAAAUGUUAUAUAUCACCAUCAACCAGCAUUAGUGAUCUGUGUAAUUUAUAUGGAAAUUAAAGAAAGGGAUUAUUUUGUGUUAUUUGAAGCGUCGUACGGUGUGAUUUGUGUAAUAAACAUUGGAUAAAGUACAUAUAUAUUGUAACGUGUUUUUGCCAC